AUGCAUUGACUCAAGGUCUCAUUUAUUUUAUGCAUGUUUGGAUGUUUUAAAGAUUUUCGACCUUCUGAAUCAUUUCUGACCGAUUAUUUAACUGGACCGUGGAAAAAUUUUACAGUUAGCGAAGUCAAUCAUGAGAUCUAUCCUGUAACUACGUAUAGUUACUUAUCGACGUUAAUACUUAUGUUCCUAAUCACAGAUUUCAUUAGAUACAAACCGAUCAUAAUUCUCUCUGGUCUGUCUGGCAUUACAACUUUUCUUCUGAUAAUAUUUGGAGAUAUGGUACUUAUUUUACAGAUUGCAAAAUUUUUUUUCGGUCUGUUUAUGUCUGCUGAAGUGGCUUAUUAUACUUAUAUAUAUGCUCAAGUAGAUAAAAUGCACUACCAAGAGGUCACAAGUCACACUAAAGGAGCCUGUUUAUUUGGACGCAGCAUGUCUGGUAUUAUAGCUCAGUUAACAGCUUCCUUCGAUUUGUUAAACUAUCAUCAACUCAAUUAUUUAACUCUUUCAGCCAUUGGCAUUGCGACAGUUUGGUCACUCUUCUUACCUCCUGUGGGCCAGUCAAUCUAUUUUCAUCGCACUGAUCGCGUUUCCGUUAAAAAAAGUUCAGUUACUAUUGAACGUCACACAGCGAUCAAUCAGUCACAACAAUUGAGUAAUUCACGGAAAUCGUACAAAGAUAGCAAAACGAACUCAGAUACAUUGCUUUGUAAGAUCAAGAACGCGUAUGCAUUGUUGUGGAAACAUUUUGUGUUAGCUUACUCUAAUUAUCGUGUGAUUAAAUGGUCGGCCUGGUGGGCUUUAUCUACUUGUGGAUACCUUAUGAUUGCCACUUAUUCACAAUUGUUGUGGCAAACUGCAGUGAAGCCGGGCGAUAGGAUUUACAAUGGGGCUGUGGAUUUUGCAUACGCCAUUAUAGGUUCAAUAAGCGUAUUUUGUGUAGGAAGAAUACGAUUAAACUGGAAUCUAUUAGGAGACAUAAUGUGUUCUGUGUUUGCGUUUUUACAAGGCUCUAUACUAUUGAUAUCCUCUUACAGUUACAACAUACAGAUCUUAUAUGUCAGUUAUGUCAUAUUUGGUGUAAUUUAUCAUGUCAUGGUUACUGUCGCAAGCUUUGAAGUCGCCAAGUGUAUAUCCGAGGAUAGUCACGGCUUGAUAUUUGGCGUGAACAUAUUUCUCGCAUUAUUGAUGCAAAGCUUAUUGACAUUUAUUGUCGUCAAUACAAUCAUGUUAAAUAUUAGACAACAGUUUUACAUCUACAGUGGCUAUUUUAUGGUCUUAGCUGUGAUAUACUUAGUGCCAGGUGUAAUCAACAUCCAGCGAUAUCGUCCAAGCACGACUCAACUGCGAAUCAGAUAGCUUUUUACUCCGCAGUAUAUAUCAAUAAGUAAAACGGCAUAUAUCAUUAAAUAAACUUUUAGA